CGUUUCUGAUGACGCAGUAGUGGACGGUGAAGAAGAGCCAACGUCCAGCCCCGCUCAUUCAUAUACGUUACACCAAAUUUCAGCCUCCGCGGCCCAGCGCAGAUUUCCGGGUGACGAUGGUGCGAUUGCAUCAGCGAUUGGAAUACAGUACGAGUACCAGCCACACUUUCGGAUCACUGUACAUCGUAGUAUUGGGAUAAAGUCACUCUUCAAGCUAUCUACAUCUCCGCGUAUUCCACUCACCUCCGUACCGCAUCUCCCCACCCUCACACUUUCCGCCGCUACUCCUCUACUGGCGCAAAUCUCCUUCACCAGGGCAGACGACAAGUUCUUUUUUAGGCUUUUUUUUUUUGUUAGCCUUUUUCGUGCAUGUGUUGUCUCGUACGCUUACACCUGGCGCUCGCUUAGUAGCGCCGUGGAAAAAGUGGUAGUUUGGCUAACUUCCAUGGGAUGGAAAGCGAAGAUCACCAGCAUUCGCGAUAAUACCUCCAUAACAUACGGCAGCUUGUUCUCGAUAACUCUCUCUGCCUCCCCCAGAUUCUCGCUUCCAAACGAUCCCGCUUUAUCGAUGGAAACCAUUCUGUCCCCUAAGCUGUCGAUCCUUCUGUUCAGAUCGUAGAAUGACCCAGCGAUCCACCUAGCCUGCCUGCGCGGCUGUAUCCUCUCAAACCCGUCAACAUAGUCCUUCCUCCUCAUAUACUCCUCCCUUUCCUUAGGGUCGUCCGGUAUCGUCGAGUCCUCAGUCUCAUAAUCCGAACUGAAUCUGUUCGGUAUAGGUUCCUUUUCUCCACCAACGGAUUGCACCGUGGGUUCCCAAGAGUGUUCGUCCGACAUCUUAUUACCACCAGUCUAGCUCCU